AGUAUGUAUGACGAGGAGGGUGAGAGUCAGCGUUUCCAUAAAAAUGACGGGAGUCCGCGGGCACUAUGAAUGUGACACUCACUGCUGAGGACGGAAGGACAGAGUGGGUGGCAGAGUCGGCGGAAGUAGGCCACCCCUCUCCACUCCACCCCACCCCACCACCACCUUUUGUCAUAAAUAUGCAUUCGGAAGCGUCUCCAAUCUUCCCUUCCUCUCCUUUACUGCUACUUGUACUUGAUUUUCCCUUCCCUUCCCUCCCUUCCUCCCCACUCCCUCACACACCCCAAGAAACCUACAUCUCCAUAACCCAAAAUUCCAAUUUCUUUCUUAGCUUCCUUUUCUUUCUUUUGUUUUAAUCACUUUAUUUUUCCCCUUUUGUGGGUUUAUUUUUUGGAUUGGGAUGCAUAGGCUUGUUGUUUGUAAGGUGUUCUGAUUGGGUUUUGUUUGGUUUGUGGGAUUGUAGAGAGUGAGAGAAUGGGAACUGAGGAAGAAAAGCAUGAUCAUGAUCAAAAUUCAUGCCAAGGGCAAGGAGUUGUUGUGCCACUUCACAAGGUUGAAGAUUCAGUGGGAGUAGCUGAAGAAGCACCCCAAAUUCAUCCAUGGAAGCGAAAAAAUCUCCACCUGGAGAUACCCGCUAGAACAUCCGAAGAUUUUGUCAAGGAAUUUGUUGCAAUAAAGAUGCCUCCCACACCAAGUCCUACUCCUAGGAAAGUGAAUUUUCUUUUGACACCUGGUUCUGUAGACGGAAGAAUGAGUGAUUCGCCAGGGCCCUCUUCAGCAAAAGGAAAAUCAUCUAUAAAAUCUAUUUUUCCAAAACUAAGCUUCAAGUAUCGAAGUUCUGCUGGUGCCGAGAAGGCGUCCAACCUAGCUGCAGAAGGUUCGUCUACAGGAGCUCGGGAGAAAGCUUCCAUCUCAAGGUCACAGUCUCUCACAAAACUAUUCACACCGAGGAUGAAGACAACAUCAUCCCUACCUGUAACUCCAAUUGCACUUGCACACCGAGAAUAUGCACAUGGCGGAAGUGUUGGUGGCUCUCUGAAUUCAAUUACGAAAGAAUCCCGAAGACAGAUAGCUCGCUCACUUUCAGUCCCAGUCAACCAUAAAGAAAUGAACUUAAAGAUGAUGGAUUCAUUUUUCCGUGUAAUUCCUUCAACUCCUCGAGUCAAGGAAGGGGAUGGUGUAUCGAUUAGUUCCCCAACUGUAGAUGCUGGGAAAGAUGAUGAUAAUGGUGAAGACAUACGCGAGGAAGAGGCCGUCUGUAGAAUUUGUCUAGUGGAACUGUGUGAAGGGGGUGAGACCUUCAAAACGGAAUGCAGUUGCAAAGGCGAACUUGCUCUGGCCCACCAAGAAUGUGCUAUUAAAUGGUUUAGUAUCAAAGGUAACAAGACGUGUGAUGUUUGUAAGCAAGAGGUUCAAAACCUGCCUGUCACUCUAUUACGAAUUCAAAGUGUUCGAGCUCAAAAUGCUGGAGCAAGUUUAUAUGAGCAGGAAGAUGAUAAUGGGUUCAGGGUUUCGCAGGAAGUGCCUGUGCUUGUCAUUGUCAGCAUGCUUGCCUACUUUUGUUUUCUCGAACAGCUCCUGGUGGAGAAGAUGGGCACUGGAGCAAUUGUCAUCUCUCUUCCAUUUUCUUGUGUACUGGGUCUUCUCUCAUCCGUGACUUCAUCAACCAUGGUGAAAAGAAGAUUUGUUUGGGUUUACGCAUCGGUUCAGUUUGCUCUGGUCGUUCUAUUUGCACAUAUAUUUUACUCUUUGGUCCGCAUGCAAGCAGUUCCUUGUAUUCUCCUCGCAACAUUUGCUGGGUUGGGAGUCGCACUGAGUGGAAGUUCCAUUAUUGUCGAGUUCUUGAGAUGGAGAAGAAGAUGGCAAACUGCGUCUGAGCAACGCGAGAUGACCUAAUUGUUGGCAUGACCAGACCAGUUUCCAGGAAACAUAAAUUCACAGAGGAGUGACCAAUCUUUAAUGUAAGGUCAUCAAUGGUUGAUAUCACGUGAGUAAGCUUAUAGCGGAGAUCAGGAUUUCGAUAAUUUUUGUAAUAUAUCCUGGAAUUUUGUAUGCUUCCCACUUUUAAUACAAGAUUGUAUAGCCUCAAAAUUAUAGCAGUGGUAGUACCAAGUGUAA